UGUGUGUCAUAGUUUCUUUCAUUAAAGAGGAGCUAGACAUGGACAAAAAUCUCUCCCAACGCCAGCUUGACAUGAAGAGGUCCCUCCUUGAUCAGGGGUACCUUGAUGAGCAAUUUAUUCAGCUUGAGGAAUUGCAAGACGAGGACAGCCCUAAUUUUGUAGAGGAAAUGGUGACAACAUUCUAUAACAAUUCAGCUCGACUGCUAGAAAACAUAGAACAGGCACUGGUUACUGGGCCUAUUGAUUUUGCUAAGCUGGACAAUUAUAUGCACCAAUUCAAAGGUAGUAGCUCAAGCAUUGGAGCUACAAGAGUGAAGAACGAAUGCACCCGAUUCCGAGAACACUGCACAGCAGCAAAUGCGGAAGGAUGCAUCAGGACUUUCCUACGAGUUAAACAAGAGCAUACAAUUUUGAGGACGAAGCUGGAAACUUAUUUUCAGUUGGCCAGACAAGCUGGACCAUCUGCGUCUGGAGGAGGAGCCAAAGUUAGAUGAUUAUAUAUAUGGACGAAGAUUUCUCAUUUAUGGAGUACUCAUAUAUAUAUAUAUAUAUAUAUGAUAUAUGAACAAAAGACCAUGCAAUCCAGUAAAACGAAGAAUUUUGUGGACUUUGUA